GUUUGGAACAUUGAAGUCCCUUGAUUCCCUAUCUGGAUAGCAAUUGCCUAUAGGAAUAUACUUCCAAGUACACAUGAUACACUCAGAAAAGAUUGGAAAUCAAUUUCUCUUUCCCCUUACAUAUCCUACUAACCUACAUAGUACCUACCCUAUCUAUGCGCAUUAAUUCCGCAAAGUUGAUCAUAUAACACGUCAUUCCUUUCCCAUACCCCACCAUCCUUUUUGUCUCUCUCUCUUUCUUUUUUUGCUCGUUGGAAUAGAUACAACAAGUCAAUGCAAGCGUUGGGGUUAUUUGGUCGGAUAUCGGCUACCACUACUACUACAAAAAGCUUGACAUCCUUGACUCGUUCUUCUAAUUCUUCGAGGAUAGCUACCUACCGUAUAGCCUCUCUCUCUAGACACUUCUCCUCUACCCCGCGCAUCAUGGCUCCCAUAUCCAAAGAAAUAGAUCUGCUUGUCAUCGGCGGUGGCAGCGGUGGUCUAGGAUGUGCUCGUAUGGCUAGUUCUAGGUUCGGCGCCAAGGCUAUGGUUGUUGAGGCUUUGCGACUUGGUGGUACUUGUGUCAAUGUUGGCUGCGUACCAAAGAAAGUCACCUUCAACGCUGCCGCCCUCGCUGAAGCUAUUCAUGAUUCCAAGGCUUACGGCUUCUCCGUACAAGAAACUAAGCCCUUCGACUUCACCACCUUCAAGAACAAGCGAGAUGCCUACAUAAAACGACUAAACGGCAUCUACGAGCGCAAUUUAGCCAACGACAAGGUAGAAUACGUUCAUGGCUGGGCCAAGCUCUUGAGCAGGAAUGAGGUCGAGAUUACCCUGGACGACGGCUCGAAGGCGACGGUACGCGCCAACAAGAUCUUGAUCGCUGUCGGCGGCGAGCCUACCAAACCCCCUGCCAACAUCCCCGGCGCCGAAUAUGGCAUCAACAGCGACGGAUUCUUCGAUAUUGACACCCUCCCUAAAAAGGUCGCCCUCGUUGGUGCCGGCUACAUCGCCGUCGAGUUUGCCGGCAUGUUCAACGCCCUCGGUACCGAGACCCACCUUUUCAUCCGGCACAAGACCUUCCUACGCACCUUCGACCCCAUGAUCCAGGAUGGCGUGACUGCGGAGUACGAGCGUCUCGGCGUCCAUGUGCACAAAGAGUCGACACAAAGCCGCGUCGAGAAAGACCCAUCCACCGGAAAGCUGACGAUUCACUACCAGGAUAGCAACAGCAACGGCGAGGCCCAGCUCUCCGACGUUGACCACCUCAUCUGGGCCAUCGGCCGCACUCCCAUGACUAAGAACAUUGGGCUCGAGGAGGCUGGUGUCAAGCUCGACGACAAGGGCUACAUCGUCACGGAUGAGUUCCAAAACUCCUCCGUGGACAACAUUUACGCCAUCGGCGACGUCUCCGGCCGCGUCGAGCUAACUCCCGUCGCCAUCGCUGCCGGCCGCCGAUUAUCCGAGCGACUAUAUGGUGGUUCGCAGUUCCAAACGACGCGCAUCGACUACACCAACGUACCAUCCGUCGUAUUCUCGCACCCGGAGGUGGGCAGCAUCGGGCUCACGGAGCCGGAAGCAGAGGCUCAGUAUGGUCGCGAGAACCUCAAGGUAUACAAGACAAGCUUCACGGCCAUGUAUUAUGCCAUGAUGGAGCCGGAGGACAAGGCACCCACGAAGUACAAGGUCAUAUGCGCUGGCCCCGAGGAGAAGGUUGUCGGCCUCCACAUCAUGGGCCUCGGCUCCGGCGAGAUGCUCCAGGGCUUCGGCGUCGCCAUCAAGAUGGGUGCCACCAAGAAGGACCUCGACUCUUGUAUCGCCAUUCACCCCACGAGCGCUGAGGAGCUGGUUACACUAAAAUAGGGGAUUUAUAUUUGCUUACCUCGAUACCAAUGUAGAUAGGUGGAUUAUAGAGAAAGACAAUAUAAAAGAAAAGAAAAGGCCAUAAAUAAAGAGCCAAUACCAUAUCAUAUGCAAUGUUAUAUCAAAAAUGAAUUUCAACU